AUGGAAGCUUUAAAAAAACAUAAAAACAGACUGGCUUAUUAUCCAGAUUUGAUUAAUAAAUGUAAAUUUGAAGGAAAAGUGUAUGCAGAGUGCAUUUUAAAACAAGAAAAUAUUAAGUUAAAUUCUUGUGGACUUGGAAUUAGAUUAUUAAUUAUAUUAUAUGGUGAGUGGCAUGAUAAGUAUUUAUCAGUGCCUUUUACAGAUGUUGAUUAUAAGGUUUUUACUGAUGCUGCUAGGCAUGUUUCAGAGGGUAAAUCUCCAUAUGAAAGGCAUACCUAUAGGUAUCCUCCAAUAUUAGCAUGGUUAUUAGUGCCUAAUGUAGUUUUUCACAUUUGGGGAAAAAUUUUGUUCUCUGCCAUUGAUGUUUUAAUAAGUAUUUUAUAUUUGUGUUUUGCUAAAGCUCAAAAAUUUUCUGAUAGUGCCAGUGUGAGAUGUGUUCAAGCAUGGAUUUUUAAUCCAUUAGCGAUUAUUAUAUCUACGAGAGGAAAUUCGGAUUCAAUUAUCAGUUUAACAGUUCUUUUAAGUGCUUACUUUUUGUUGAAGCAAAAACCUGGAAUUUCUGGUUUUUUUUUAGCUCUUUCAGUACAUAUUAGACUAUAUCCAAUUAUAUUUUCACUUCCAAUGUACCUUGCUCUUAAACCUGAAAACAAUUUUAAAUCUAUUCCUUUACGAUUAUUAGAUUUUAUAAAAAAAUUGUAUCCUAAUAAAGAGCAAAUAAUUUUUGUUUUGGUUAGCAUAAUAACAUUUUGUUUCCUAACUUACUUUUGUUAUUACCUUUAUGGCUAUGAAUAUUUAAAAGAAAGCAUUCUUUAUCAUUUGAUAAGAAAAGAUACAAAACAUAAUUUCUCUGUUUUUUUUUACUUGCUUUAUUUGGAACCUCAUCAACCUGGAAUUCUUUUAUUUUUACCACAAUUGAUAUUAUUGUUGGUCUUGUCAAUAUUUUAUGGUAAAAAAUCCACUCUACUUUUUUGUCUUUUCGCACAGACAUUUGUCGUUGUGACAUUUAAUCCAGUUUUGACUUCUCAAUACUUUAUUUGGUACCUGUCACUUUUAAUUCCAAAUUACCCAAAUUUUAAUUUGUCACUCAUGGAGGGUGGAAAACUUGUAGCAAUAUGGCUAUUUGCUCAACUGGCAUGGUUAGUUCCUGCCUACUUAUUAGAAUUCAGAGGGAAAAAUACAUUUUUAUACAUUUGGUUUCAGGGUAACUUUAAAAUACACUCUUUAUCACAAAACACAAAAAAAUUAGUGAUGUUGUUGUAA